AAAGCCACUCCAUAUGCUACAGGGACUCACAGAGACAAAGAGAAAGCAGUGCUUUCGUUGAUCAGCUAACGAGUCCCUUCCCUUUGUGACAAUGCGGCUAAUUGCUCUCCUGCUUUUGGGGCUCAUGGAGGUCUCUCUAGCUCAGGAUCCAUUCCAGUGGCUUUCUUCUUUACACAGCCGGGGUUAUGCUUCUUUACAAGCCGACAACACUGGUGGAGAGUGUCCCGAAGAGUGCGACUGUCCUCCAACUUUCCCAAUCGCUAUGUACUGCGACAACCGCAACAUUCAAAAGAUGCCCUACAUCCCAUCCCGGAUGAAGUAUGUGUACCUGCAGCACAAUCAGAUCACCUCUGUCCCAGACAAUGCUUUCGGAAAUGCCACCAAUCUUGUAUGGGUUAUGCUUCAUGAGAAUCACAUCAACUCAGUGGGCAAACAAGCAUUCGCUAAAUUGUCGAAUUUGAAUCGCCUGUAUUUGAACAACAACAACCUGACUGAGGUACCAUCCAACCUCCCGCGGUCAUUACGUGACCUUCGUCUCAACCACAAUAAAAUUGGCAAGUUGGCUCCCAAUGCUUUUGAGGGCAUGGAGAAUUUAACCAUACUUUUACUCCAUCAUAACAGCCUCCAGGAUAUUGGUGUUGGGCUGAAAGGUCUGAAGUCUUUAACUCUGCUGGAUGUGAGCAGAAACCAGCUCAAGAAGGUUCCAGAGAGUCUCCCUGAGAUGCUUCACCAGCUUUAUCUAGAUUCAAACUCCAUUGGCGCAGUUCCAGCCAACUUCCUCAAUCAGUUCAGCAACCUGCAGUAUGUGCGCUUUGCUCACAAUGAGCUCACCAACAAAGGCAUCCCCCAAAACACAUUCAACAACAGCGGGUUGGUGGAACUGGAUCUGUCCUUCAACAAACUGGAGAGCAUUCCUGUUGUUAGUACCAGUCUGCAACAUCUCUACCUACAGGCCAAUCAGAUCAAAGAGUUCACGCUGGGCAGUUUCUGCAGUGUGGUGGAUGUGAUGAACUUCUCCAGGCUGAGAGUCUUGAGGCUGGAGGGAAAUGAGAUCGGCGCUGGAGACAUGCCUUCUGAAGCCGCUCUGUGUCUCCGCCUGGCCUCAGAUAUCGCCGUGUAAUGCCACAUCCCAGGCCAGCAGGGGGUGCUUUUGUGAAUUCCUCCAGCAUUACCAUCUCAAAGUGCCAUAACUUUUUGCAUCGUUGUACAUUUUUAUUGUAGGGAAAUGUAUAGUGCCUUGGGAUAUUUAAAAGAAGAAUCUAAUAUCCUGUGACUUUAGAGGGAAGUACAAAUACAGAAAUGGGGGGAAAAGGAAAUUGAGAGAUUUAGAUAGGAAAUGGAGAUCUUCUUUAAAGGUAUGUGCAGCCAAUUUGUUUUAUCAAAAGUCACUUAGUCAUUCUAAUCUACCUUUCUGCGCUAGUUAGAUGACACCAAUGGCAGAGAUAAAGCCAGUAUUGCUGUUUGCUAUUUGUUUGAUGCACAUUUGACUUGCUUUAGGUUUUUGCAACUCGGAUUCAGCAAAGAAGUUCGAGCAUUGUAUUUAUUCUACAUGUGAAAAACAGACACAUGACUAUGAAAAAUGGCUACAACCACCGAUUUGUUCUGAUAUGAUGUGAAAUCUCCUGUUUGUCCUCUUUGUUGAUCAAUUUUCUCUCCUCAAUCACAUAUGAAAUAGAGGAAAGGGUGACUUUGAAUUGUUGUGUUUUAAGAGCAAAUACUGUAUAUUGCAUGUGAUAUAAAGAAACUGACCAAGGUCCUGGUGUUUAAACAUGUUUGUAGACCUUUCGUGUUGCUCAAUAAAGCUAACAUAUUUUGAUAUUAUACAUGCUUUCAUGUGAGAAUAAUACAUUUUUCAUUAGCUCUUUGUCUAAAAUGGGUCAGGUUAACGCACAGAAAGAGUUGUAACCUUCACUGAA